AUGAAGACUCUCAGUCACCCUUACCAUCCCACCGACAUUGAGUUCACUGAUUAUAUGGCGAAUACGAUGAGCCUUCCUGCGCUUCUCAGCAGCUUCACAUUUGGGACACUGGUGAUAUUUUGCCUCACCGCAGCUGGUCUCAACGUUCUACGCCCGACCUUGACCCGCCGUGAUAAAGUGCUUGCAGGAUGGUUCGUCUACACCGGAUGCAUACACUUUUUCUUCGAGGGUUAUUUUGUCUUCAAUCAUCAGAGAAUGCCCGGCAUGAUGGACCUCUUCGGCCAGCUGUGGAAGGAAUACGCCCAGGCUGAUUCACGGUAUCUGACCUCGGAACCAUUCGUACUCUGUAUGGAGGCUAUCACUGCCUUUGCAUGGGGACCGCUUUCAUUCCUCACGGCUUGGAUGAUUGUUGUGAGGUCUCCUUGUCGCUACCCAACACAGCUUUUGGUCUCAAUGGGCCAGCUCUACGGAGAUAUCCUGUACUAUGCCACAAGCAUGAUGGACGAGUACCAUCACGCGGUUUCCUACUCACGGCCUGAGGCCUACUACUACUUUGGAUACUUUAUCUUUAUGAAUUCGUUUUGGAUUGUGAUUCCAGCAUAUUGCAUGUACCAGAGCUACUCGGAACUGGUUGAACUUCUGGACAGGGUCCAGGUUCCCACGAGAAGGAAAGCUUCAUGA